UCCCUCCUGUACAGUAACACUUCCGGUGUAUCUUUCAGGGGCAAUGUAAGAGUCUUUUUUGUUUUCAUUUUUAUAAGCGAUUUAGUGGAACAGAACACGGGUAAAGUAACCCUUGCAGAGUACAUGGUCCGCUGCACCUGAAGCCGAACAUGGAUCUCCCCAAUCCCCCAGAAGAUCAAGAACUGAGGAAUGUCAUUGACAAACUGGCCCAGUUUGUCGCUCGGAACGGGCCAGAGUUUGAAAAAAUGACAAUGGAGAAACAGAAGGACAACCCUAAGUUCUCCUUCCUCUUUGGAGGAGAAUACUUCACCUACUACAAGUGCAAGCUUGCUAUGGAGCAACAGCAGCAUCCCUCUACCCACGAUGGUGAGGAGUAUAAAUCUGAAGACAUGUACAACCCAGGCGCCAAAGACAUGGCUGAUGUCCCUCCUCCACCAGUGCAGAUUAUUGUUCCGCCUCCGAUUCCUCCGCCUGCUGCACCUCCCCUCAAUGAGCUUAUCCAGCAGAGCCAGUGGAAUUUGCAGCAGCAGGAGCAGCAUCUGCACACACUCAGACAGGAACAAGUGACUGCGGCCAUAGCUCUGGCUAUGGAGCAGCAGACCCAGAAACUACUGGUGGAAACUCAGUUGGACAUCACAGAAUUUGACAGCCUGUUGCAGCCAAUCAUAGACACGUGCACCAAAGAUGCCAUCUCUGCUGGUAAGAACUGGAUGUUCAACAAUGCCAAGACUCCACAGCACUGUGAACUGAUGACAUCACAUCUUCGCAACCGCAUAACUGCUGAUGGUGCACAUUUUGAACUCCGUCUACAUCUCAUCUAUUUAACCAAUGACGUCCUCCAUCACUGCCAACGGAAGCAGCAAAAGGAUUUGUUGGCAGCACUGCAGAAAGUUGUGGUUCCCAUCUACUGUACUAGCUUCUUGGCUGUGGAGGAAGAGAAACAGCAGAAGAUCACCAGGUUGUUGCAGCUUUGGGAGAAGAAUGGGUACUUUGAUGAGGAGACCAUUCAGCAGCUCCAGAACCCAGCACUGGGCCUUGGCCAGUACCAAGCUUCUCUGAUAACGGAAUAUGCUGCAGUGGUGCAGCCGAUCCAGCUGGCCUUCCAGCAGCAGAUCCAGGCUUUGAAAACCCAGCACGAAGAGUUUGUCUCCAGUCUGAAACAGCAGCAGCAGUCUGCUACUGUGGCACAGCUUGCUACCCCUGCUGAGCCUGAAAAGGCCAUACCUAUGACCUCACAAGCUGGUGAUUUGAAGCCGCCGAUCUCAGGUCCUCCUCCAGGGGAGUUUGAAGGAGCCUCAUCCAGACCACAGGACAGCAGCAACCCCAGUGGCCCCUCAGAUAUCCCCUCUAGCAAGCCUGCGUGGUAUGACCCUCAGCACAUUGGCCCCUGGACCCCUAACCAGCCGCCUCCUUUUGACCCAAACCAGCCUCCCCCUCCUUGUCCACCAUGGAACAGCCACGAGGGAAUGUGGAAUGACCAGAGGGACCCAGGGAACUGGAGUGGAGGUCCACACAGAGAAGGAGGUCCCUGGAGUGGUCCAGGUGGGUCUGACCCUGGCCCUCCAUCUUGGAACUCAUAUGAUCAGCAGCCGCCAUGGGGGAACCAGCCGGACCAGCCUCCGUGGGGCCAGAGGGAGCCCCCAUUUCCUCCACGCAUGCAGAGACCUCCUCACUUCAGAGGGCCCUUCCCUCCCCACCAGCAGCCGCCUCCUUUCAACCAACCUCCUCCACCACCACACAGUUUCGGACGAUUCCCGCCACGUUUUAUGCAGGAUGACUUUCCACCUAGACACCAUUAUGACAGGCCGCCGUACACCCCACACCGCUUUGAUUACGCUCAGGGAGAUUAUCCCGGAGACAUGCCAGGUCCUCCUCCCCACCACCAUCCCAACCAGAGGCCCCCCCCUCCAGGUAUGGGGGCUGAACAUCCCCCCUGGGGUGGAGGCCAGCACCCAGAUUUCUGCCCACCCCCACAUGGCUUUAACGGCCAUUCACCCCACAUGCGUCAUCGGCAGCAUCCAGUCCAAGAUGAUCCCAGUCUGGUGCCCAACGUACCCUACUUUGAUCUGCCAGCUGGUCUUAUGGCUCCGUUAGUCAAACUUGAGGACUGUGAUUAUAAACCUCUGGAUCCUAAAGACAUCCGCCUACCGCCUCCCAUGCCUCCUAGUGACCGGCUGCUAGCUGCUGUGGAAGCUUUCUACAGCCCUCCAUCCCAUGAUCGGCCUAGGAACAGUGAAGGCUGGGAGCAGAAUGGUCUGUAUGAGUUCUUCAGGGCCAAGAUGAGAGCCAGAAGGAAAAAGGGGCAGGAAAAACGCAACAGUGGUCGUGGAGGCAGUCGCUCCAGAAGUAAUUCACGCAGCAGAGGACGGUCUUCAUCUCGCUCCAGCUCUCGAUCUUCAAAGUCCUCUCAGUCACGAUCACGCUCAUCUCGCUCCCGUUCUCACAGCCACUCCCGUUCCUACUCACGAUCCAGGUCCAGGAGUAGGUCCAGGUCAUCAAGGAGUCACUCGCGCUCAAGAUCCAGAUCCCGUUCAAAUUCACCCACCAAGAGGCGCCGUGGCCCCAAGUCCCAGAGCUCCUCCCCCCCGUCCACAUCAGUUUUGGGUGCCCCUCCCUCCAAACUGUCUGCAGACACUAGGCUAGGGGAGGAGAACAAGGGCCAUCAGCUGCUGAUGAAGAUGGGCUGGAGUGGUUCAGGUGGGUUGGGGGCCAAAGAACAGGGCAUCCAGGACCCCAUCAAAGGAGGUGACAUCAGGGAUAAAUGGGACCAGUACAAAGGUGUUGGGGUGUCCCUGGAUGACCCUUAUGAGAACUAUCGCAGGAACAAGAGCUACAACUUUGUUGCCCGCAUGAAGGCACGAGAGGAAGUCAAUCGGGAACCUCAGGAGGCCCCUUCAACUGACUAAUGUCAUCAAAUCGCAGCAAAAAGUCUCCCUUCCCCUUUGUCACCACCAUCAAGGAUCUUUAUUUCACUCAGUUUUCCAUUUAGGAUUAUAGUCAACACUCCCAAAUCCUACCUUUUCCUCAGAAACGAGAGUAUCGAUACAAAGAACCACAUUCUGCUCAAUCAAGAUUAUUGAUCAGUCUGUGUGAAAAGAAAGCAUCAGAAUUGCAGAUGGAACAGUUAGCACUGACACUAGUGACACAGCAGAAGGCAACCAGGAUUUUCCUUCAGAAGUCUUCCCAGGGACCCUGGAAACACUGCCUAAUUUCAUUGUGUUGGCAGAUAACAGAGGACCAACUCAGGCAGUGCCUGAACAAUUUUAGAGAAAUGGUUUAAAAUUGAGAUUGUAAAAAAAACAAUUGAGGGGCUGUUCACAUUUGCUUUAUCUGUCCCGAUAGAUGUGAUCACAUGCAGACAGCUUUUGUCCAUCAGUUCAUAUCUGGCAUGAACCUGCUUCUCAACCUAAAUCUUGAGUGACCACCUGUGAUCAGAUGUCACUUCACCGCUUAAUAUGCAAAUACCAUGUUUGUCACUGGGACAAAUGGAUACAAUGUUUCUCAUGCAAAGAAAGAAAUAUUGUCAUGUGUUAAACGUUUGCCAAAAUCCACUAGAAGGCUCAAAGCAAGUGUUUUGUAGACGGUGUUUCACAAAGUUUGUAAAGUCUGUGCUAACUCCACAACUCGCAUAAUUUAGAGUUCGGGAAUGUGAAUGUGAACAGCCUCUGAGUAUCAUGGCAGUACUUUUACAAAAAAAUCCUCAUGGGGCAAAUUAAGAUGAAUGCUUUAGGCAAUGCUUUUCCUUCAGAAAAAAGUCAUACAGCCUGCUGAGUAAAAAGUCCUAAUGAAAACUGCUGGCUGUGGGUGGUGUCAGAACUCUCAUUGGUUUGAUAUCUGAAAAUGUAUGCAAGUGAAAUUGAAGAAGUACAUAUGGCUAGAUAUCACCAGGAGUGGGUGGCAAUGUAAUCUUUAGAACAGAAAGUAUAAUGAGGUAUGGUGGCUCUGUUGACUCUUGUUGGUUUUGUGCUUCAGAUUAUUGUGAUAUUUUUCAUGUAAAGACUUCUAUUGGUGCACCAUAUACAAGUCUGUCGUUAAGUUCUAGUAAUAAAAGAAAUCCAACAAAACAAAAAGUGA